AUGGCGAGAAAAAGUAAAAAGAAGGAAGCAAAAGAAACAGAUUUUACAUUAUGUGUGGAGCCCAGCAGUGGUGGUCGACAGGCUCAAGUUCAUGAGGUCAAGGUUGUGUCCCAAUCUACAUGGCAAGGCUGGAAGAGGAAAGUGGCUUUGCUUCUGCCCUACAUGUGGCCGAGAGCGAGUGGUCCACUCCAGAUUCUUGUGUUUUUGUGUCUCUGCCUCCUGGGAACAGAUCGUCUCAUCAAUGUAUUCGUGCCCAUUUACAGCAAGAACAUAGUAAAUCAGCUGUCAGAAAAAGAGACGUGGGGAACACUCGCAACCACAGUGUGUAUCUACGUCCUUCUCAAGUUCCUACAGGGUGGGGGAACAGGAACCUCAGGCUUUGUCAGUAACAUGCGCUCCUUUCUGUGGACACGAGUCCAACAGCACACCAGUCGCACAGUACAGCUUCAGCUGUUUGCCCACCUGCAUUCACUUUCUCUGCGCUGGCACCUGGGCAGAAAGACGGGUGAUGUUCUGCGCAGCAUCGAUCGCGGCACCUCCUCCGUCACCAACCUAUUAAACUACAUCUUGUUUACCAUCCUGCCUACUAUUGCAGACAUCAUCAUCGCCAUCAUUUACUUUAUCUCAUAUUUUAAUGCCUGGUUUGGCCUUAUUGUCUUCAUCUGCAUGUUCCUCUACCUCAUGCUGACCAUCGUCAUCACAGAGUGGAGAACCAAGUACAGACGAGACAUGAACACACAAGACAACAAUGCAAAAUCCAAAGCAGUGGACUCGCUUCUUAACUUCGAAACUGUAAAAUACUACAAUUCUGAGAGUUAUGAAGUCAGGCGCUUUGAGGAGGCAAUCUUACAGUAUCAGUCCUCAGAAUGGAAAAGCAGUGCCUCCCUGGCCCUCCUAAACCAGACCCAGAACGUCAUCAUCGGCUUUGGCCUGCUGGCUGGAUCUCUGCUCUGUGCUUACUUUGUCACAGUGGAUCAGUUUCAGGUUGGAGACUAUGUUCUGUUUGGAACUUACAUUAUCCAGCUCUAUGUUCCUCUCAACUGGUUUGGCACUUACUACAGGCUCAUCCAGACUGCUUUUGUUGACAUGGAGAACAUGUUUGAGCUCCUAACAGAAGAGGAAGAGGUGAAAGAUGAUGAAAAUGCAGUAAAUCUCCUGUGUACUGAGGGGAGAGUCGAUUUCCAAAACGUAUGCUUCAGGUACACUGCAGGGAAAGACAUCAUUAAUGAUGUGUCAUUCACCGUGAUGCCUGGUCAGACAGUAGCUCUGGUGGGACAGUCAGGAUCAGGCAAAAGCACCAUCCUACGGCUGCUCUUUAGGUUUUACGAUGUACAGGAAGGCUGCAUUCUGAUUGAUGGUCAGGACAUCACAAAGGUUAAACAAAGCUCUCUCCGGUCGUAUAUUGGAGUGGUACCUCAGGAUACUGUCCUGUUUAACGACACUAUCCGAGACAACAUUCGCUAUGGACGCAUCAGUGCCACUGACCAGGAAGUGGAGGAGGCGGCGCUGGUUGCUGACAUCCACCAUAAGAUCUUAUCCUUUAACGAUGGAUAUGACACUCAGGUGGGCGAGAGGGGGCUCAAGCUAAGUGGGGGUGAGAAGCAGAGGGUCGCUAUUGCUCGAACUAUUCUAAAAGCCCCCCAAAUCAUCUUGCUGGAUGAGGCCACUUCUGCUCUGGACACACAGACGGAGCGCAACAUCCAGGCCUCUCUCACCAGGGUGUGCGCCAACAGGACAACCAUUGUGGUGGCCCACAGGUUGUCCACGAUAAUUGCAUCAGACCUGAUCCUGGUUCUGCAUGAAGGCCAGAUCGUGGAGCGAGGAAGACAUGAGGAGCUGCUGACCAUGCAGGGACUGUACACAGCCAUGUGGCAAAAACAGCAACAGCAGCAGGAUCCAGAACCACAAGAGAAUACAGACGCCCAGAAACAAGAAGCUGAAGAUUAA